ACUGAGCUCAGCUGCAGCUCCUCAUCCUCCUUAGACUGAGCUCAGCUGAGUCUGCUCAUCCUUCUCCCUCUGAGCUCAGCUGCAGCCCCUCAUCUUCCUUAGACUGAGCUCAACUGAGGCCCCUCAUCUUCCUUAGACUGAGCUGCAGCUCCUCAUCCUCCUUAGACUGAGCUCAGCUGAGGCCCCUCACCCUCCUUAGACUCAGCUGAAGCCCCUUGUCCUCCUCACCCUGCUCAGACAGUGGUGCCCAUUUCUCAAAGAGCCUGUGAGGUCAUGGUUUGGUUUUCUUGUCCAGGUACCUUCGUUGUAAAAGUUCUUUGCAGAAUUGAGAGGAAGAAAACUUGAAGUGGCAGACAUAAAAAGAACUUGGAUCCUUUGGAUCUGACUUCCUUGCAUUUUCUGAUGGGAAAAUCUUGUGCAACAUCCCUGGAGCCUUUGCAUUCCAAGGUGUGGAUUGAUCAAGACCUUUGACAACACUGCAAUAGCAUUGCAGGUGACUUUUGUCUUCUUAUCCUUCAAAAUUCCUUUUUCUCCCAUUUUCCAUCCAUGGGAUGUGGAGAGGAGACUUCAGUCGCCAGGUCUGGGGUGGAAAACCCCUUUCUGGGGAAAAUUUAAACAAGUGAAAGGUUUCAAACUUCUCUGGGGCUGCUUGCAUUUUUUGUUUUCUGUCUCUCCAUAUUUAAUCAUCAAUAAAUGAGCAAGAAAAAUAAAUAACUGAAUUGAAAUAAAGCCAUUAACAAAGCAACCCCUCAGAAAAGCUCUGGCAGCAGUGACAGGAGCGGAGCAAGGCUGGCUGUGACCUACCUGGGCAGGUGUGAGGUGUUUUGCUGGGCGUUUUCCAUGCAUGUGAAUCCUUCUGGAGGCUGCUGAUGCCUUGGGUAGUAUUUGCUAUCCCUUUUUUUAUGCAGUCAUGGGAUAUUCUGAGUUGGAAGGGAUCCUGAAGGAUCAUUGAUCCCAGCUCGUGGCUCUGUACAGACAUCCCUGCACUACCCUGUGCAUCCCUGGCAGCCUCGGGGCCAGGACCAUUCCCUGGGGAGUCUGGGCAGUUCCAGCACCCUCUGGGGGAAGAGCCUUUCCCUGAUCUCUAGCCUGACCCAGCUCCAGCCAUUCCCUGGGGUCCUGCCCUGAUCACAGAGAGCAGAAAUUGGAGCUGCAGUCCCUGAGGAAUCUCCCCUCAGUCUCCCCCAGCUGAACAAGCCAAGUGCCCUCAGCUGCUCCUUGUGCAACUCCUCCAGACCUUUCCCCAUUCCUGUGUCCCUCCUUUGAAGGCUCUCCAUUAUCUUCAGACCUUUUUCACACUGUGGUGUUCAAACUGCCCCCAGGACUGGAGGUGAGGCUGCCCCAGCCCAGAGCAGAGUGAAACAAUCCCUUCCCUCACUGUCCAGUGAUGCUGGACCUGCUGCCCCCAGGACCUGCUGCCCCUCCUGGCUGCAGGCCACGCUGCUGGCUCAAGUCCAUCUCCCCAUCCAUGAGAACCCCCAGGUCCCUUCCCGUGUGGCUCCGGGGCUGGCAGGGGACGGAUGCUGCGUCUUUAGCGGCAUCUCGGGCUGCGCGGAGGCAGCUCCAUUGAAGAUUUGCAGGAGAGAGCAGGAGGGGGGUGUGGAUGUGGCUAUUGGCAGAGCUGUGCUGACAUCCCUGGGAACAGCUGGGAUCUGCUCCGCUGCCGAGCCGCUUCUCAGAGCCCCGAGCUCGCCGGAGCAGCCGCAAAGAUCGCGAGCGGUUUUUAUUUUUUAUUCGGGAGAGCUGGCGGGGGCUUCCCAGGAGCAAGAUUAUCCUGGCAGAAUUCCUCUUGAACUGGUCACGGCCAUGGAGUCUCCGCUGAAAUCGGGAAACAGCUGACGUGCUCAGAGUGCAGAACCACCACGGUGCCCGUCGCUGCGUCGGAGGGCUCUGAAGAUGUCCAACAGCAACACGGCACAGGAGUCCCUGGAAAUUAUGAAGGAAUCAGAGAAAAAGGUGGUUGAGGAAUCUGUGAACAAAACCAAAUAUGUAUCCAGGUCACCAAGCAAGGAGGAAGUGGAGAAGGAUGGGGGGGAGGAGGUCAGUGUGCGCCAGGAAUCUCAGAAGCGAACAUCAGGUCACGGACACGCCAGGAAAAGAGCCAAGUCUAACUCAAAGCUCAAACUGGUCAGGAGUUUGGCUGUGUGUGAGGAAUCCUCGGGCCCCUUCGUGGAUGGGCUGCUGGAGUCUCAGGACAUCAUCCAGCUGCACGUGAGCUGCCCCUCUGACAAGGAAGAGGAGAAAUCCACCAAAGAUGGGGUGGAGAAAGAAGAAAAAGACAAGAACAAGGAAAAAACACCAAGGAAGAUGCUCUCUCGAGAUUCCAGCCAGGAAUAUACAGACUCCACUGGAAUAGAUUUGCAUGAAUUUUUAGUAAAUACACUGAAAAAAAACCCACGGGAUAGAAUGAUGCUGCUCAAGUUGGAACAGGAGAUUCUGGAGUUCAUUAGUGAUAACAACAAUCAGUUCAAGAAGUUCCCCCAGAUGACCUCGUACCACCGGAUGCUGCUCCACCGGGUCGCGGCCUAUUUCGGGAUGGAUCACAACGUGGACCAGACCGGGAAGGCUGUGAUCAUCAACAAGACCAGUAACACACGAAUCCCUGAGCAGAGGUUCUCUGAGCACAUCAAGGACGAGAAAAACGCAGAGUUCCCGCAGAGGUUUAUCCUAAAACGGGAUGACACCAGCAUGGAUCGAGAUGAUAACCAGAUCAGACUCCCCUUGCAGGAUGGGAGAAGGAGCAAAUCCAUAGAAGAGCGAGAGGAGGAAUAUCAGCGGGUCAGGGAGCGGAUAUUUGCACGAGAGUCUGGCCAGAACGGAUACCUCACGGACAGCAGGGGCAACCGGGAUGGGCUGAGCCGGGCCUCGGGCAGCCGCCAGAGCAGCACCGAGAGCGAGAUCAAAUCCCUGGAGCCGCGGCCCUGGAGCAGCACGGACUCGGACGGCUCCAUCCGCAACCUGCGGCCACCUGUCACCAAAGCCAGCAGCUUCAGUGGCAUCUCCAUCCUGACCCGGGGGGACAGCGUCGGCAGCAGCAAGGGCAGCACGGCCAGCAGGACGUCACGGGCAGGUUUGGUGCUAGGUGCCCCUGAGGCCUGCAGCCAGUCCCCAUCCUCGCAGCCCAGCCGUGGCCUCCUGCCCUGCACGGCCCCGCAGCCGCCCCCGCAGCCGCCCCCGGCAGCCCCCGGCCUCCCCCCAGCCCAGCAGCAGCCGGCCAUGAGCAGCCCCAUGAUGUCCCAGCCGGUCCCGGCGCUGCAGCCUGUUCCGUACUCUCCAAGCUCCUGCCCCCAAGUCCUCUUGCCAGUCUCUCCACCCCAGCAGUACAACCUGGCCGACGAGCUCAGCAGCCCCUUCGGGCAGAUCAGCCUCAGCCGACAGGGCUCGACAGAAGCCCCGGAUCCUUCCUCGGCGAUGUUCCAGUCAUCCCUCAUUUCCCAGCACCCUCAGCAGACAGGAUUCAUCAUGGCAACCCCUGGGCAGCCCAUCCCCACCUCCAGCUACUCGGCCUCGGGGCACACGGCCCCCACUCAGCAGGUGCUGCAGCCCCAGGGCUACAUUCAGCCUCCCCAGCAAAUUCAGGUUUCUUACUACUCCCCUGGGCAGUACCCGAACUCCAGCCAGCAAUACCGACCCCUCAGUCACCCAGUGGCCUACAGCUCCCAGCGCCCCCAGCAGCUCCCCCAGCAGUCCCAGCAGCCAGGUUUACAGCCAAUGAUGUCCAACCAGCAGCAAACAUACCAAGGUGUGGUGGGGGUGCAGCAGGCGCAGCCCCCCGGGCUCCUCAACAGCCAGAGGAACAACAUGGGGGGCCAGAUGCAGAGCGUGAUGGGGGUGCAGCAGGCACAGCCCCCUGGGCUCCUCAGCAGCCAGAGGAGUGGGAUGGGGAGCCAGAUGCAAGGUCUGAUGGUCCAGUACACGCCGCUGCCUUCGUACCAGGUUCCCAUGGCCAGUGAGUCCCAGAACGUGGUCCAGCAGCCCUUCCAGCAGCCAGUGCUUGUGCCAGCCAGCCAGUCUGUGCAGGGGGGGCUCCAGGCUGGAGGGGUCCCCAUCUACUACAGUGUCAUCCCCACUGCCCAGCAGAAUGGCACCAGCCCAUCCGUGGGGUUCCUGCAGCCUCCUGGCUCCGAGCAGUACCAGAUGCCGCAGUCCCCGGCGCCCUGCAGCCCCCCCCAGAUGCAGCAGCAGUAUUCAGGGGUGUCCCCGUCAGGCCCUGGUGUGGUGGUGAUGCAGCUGAAUGUCCCCAACGGCCCCCAGGCCCCCCAAAACCCCCCCGUGGUGCAGUGGAGCCACUGUAAGUACUACAGCCUGGAGCAGCGGGGGCAGAAACCAGGAGACCUCUACAACCCCGACACCAGUGCUCAGGCCAGCACCCAGCUGAACAGCCCCAUCACGUCCCCCACCCAGUCCCCGACGCCGUCGCCCGUCACCAACCUCAACAGUGUGUGCACGGGGCUGAGCCCCCUCCCCGUCCUCACACAGUUCCCCCGGCCCAUGGGCCCAGCACAAGGUGAUGGGAGGUACUCGCUGCUGGGCCAACCUCUGCAGUACAACCUGUCCCUGUGUCCCCCGCCGCUGCUCCACAACCAGCCCAGCUACACAGGACACCAGGGGCAGACUGGAAUGAAACACGGAAACCGGAGCAAGAGACAGGCCCUGAAAUCAGCGUCCACCGACCUGGGGACAAGUGACGUAGUGCUGGGCCGGGUGCUGGAGGUGACAGACCUGCCCGAGGGCAUCACACGGACAGAGGCCGACAAGCUCUUCACCCAGCUCGCCAUGGCCGGUGCCAAAAUCCAGUGGCUCAAAGAGACUCAGGGGCGCCGCGGGGACGGAGGCGGCGGGGACAACAGCGGGACUCCGGAGAACGGCAGGCACAGUGACCUCGCUGCCUUAUACACCAUCGUGGCCGUGUUCCCCAGCCCCCUGGCUGCCCAAAACGCCUCCCUCCGCCUCAACAACUCCCUCAGCCGCUUCAAACUGCGCGUGGCCAAAAAGAACUACGACCUGCGGGUGCUGGAGCGGGCGAGCUCCCAGUAGGGCUCCCGUGGGCACCGGCCACUCCCCUGGGCCUCUUCUCCUCCUGCCCUCCCUUCCUCUGGCCCUCCUUCCUUGAUAUAUUUAUAUGAACAUAAUUAAGAGACAAGAAGUUGAUUUUUUUUUUUUUUUAAUUAUUAUUUUUGGAGUGACGCCCGUGCCCGCCCCCCUCCCCUGUGUCUAUGGUUUUGUUUAAGCACUGUGUUGGACCGCACAUACAGGUGUUGAUUGGUAUGUUCACUGCACAUUUUAUUUAAUCGGAUUAUUAUUUUGCGG